CCAAAAACACCAAAUGACCUAAUAAACCACACACAAAUCUAAAAAAAAAUACACUGUGCUUUUCACCCCCACAAACCCGUCUCAGCGUCACGUGUUCCCACCACCAAAAACCUAAACCUCCGGGAGAUCAUACACCUGGCUUUCAGAGCUGGUAAAGAUUUUCCAGUGAUGCCUCAUUUCAUUUCAAGUGUUAGUACUUCAGAAAUGCUCAAUUUGAAUUCCAAUAGCGAAAAUCAGAAACCUAAAAGAUGGGGACUGGUUGCAACUGGUUUUGUGGGAGGCACAUUAUUGACUUUAUAUGCUGUGGCUACCCCGUUUGUGUUACCUGCUUUGAGAAAAAUUUGUCUUCCUUUUGUGCCUGCAUCGGAAACUCAGGUGGAAAAUGUCUUGAAAAUGCUUCAGUUUAGAAGCGGAACUGUCGUUGACAUUGGGAGCGGUGAUGAACGUAUUGUAAUAUCUGCUGCAAAGACAGGGUUCCAGGCUGUUGGCUAUGAACUAAAUCCUUGGCUUGUGUGGUAUUCAAGAUACAGAGCAUUGAGAGAAGGUGUACAUCAAAAUGUUAAAUUUCAUAUAUCUGAUUUAUGGAAGGUCAGUUUUUCACAGUAUACAAAUAUUGUCAUCUUUGGAGUACCAGAGAUGAUGCCAAAACUGGAAGAAAAACUUAUGGACUUAUCUUUCACUGCAAGAGCUAUUGCUUGCCGUUUUCCUUUUCCACGUUGGAUCCCAGACCAUAUUUCAGGACAAGGCAUAGACACUGUGUGGGUUUAUGACAUGAACAAAUUGAACGAAAUCAGUAUUACCGGAUUGCUGGGUGAAUUCAAAAACUGA